UGAUCUGUUUUGAAAAUAAUCUGUAUGUAGAAGAGCUCUUUCAAAUAUUUCUUCAGAAUGCAGUGGAGUUUCACGAGGCCAUCAGUGAUUUCUUCUCUCUUGGACGUUGCAGUGUUGCUCCUGACGGAGUUGUGAUUCAACAAUGGGAAAGAGGAAACGAAAACAACAAGCUAAAAGCGAGCAGGCAGAGAAAAUGAAGAAAGUGGAGAAAGAUGCGGCGGCUGCUGCUGCAAAGGAUGGUGGAGGUAGUGGUGCUGCUGGUGCCACUGCUACUGCCGCUGCGUCCAGCGUUCCCGUUUUGACCAACAAGACCCAGUGGUGUUUUUCCAAGCGAGGGCCGCGCAAGGGUGGCACGUCUUUCCGCCUUGCAGACAUGCAGGAUGUGGUCCUACGCGGCAUAGGCUUUGACAAGUUCCGCAAUCCGGUAUGUUGCGAGCUGACCAAUGCGGAGGCGAUUCCCAGAGUGGCCAUCGUGAUGCUGUCGUCCAUGACCACAGCGUUGUAUGCCCGCGUCGGCGCACAGUUCACCAAGUGCAAGCCCUUCUUGGAUGGAAAUUCAUAUCCGUUGCAGACGCCAGGCAGGGACAACUUUGUCGUACAGGACCUGGCCAAGUCAUUCCUAGAAAUCAAGAUUACGCCGGAAGAGAGAUGCGUAGUGGAGAAGGUCUUGCCCCCGGAGAUGAUCAAGAUCUACUGCUCUGCUAACCCGAUGUCGUUCACACUGACACUGAAGGACAUGAACUGGUACCGCUAUCCACUUCGGUCCGACUGGCAUAUCAAAGAGACCGGUGCCUUCUACGAGAGUGAACACCUUCAUGAUGAGUUCUUCUUCAUCCCGGAACGUGAUGUAACGAAGACAAGUGCCGAGCCAUCCAACGCGGACAGUGACUCGUCACCCAGUCCAACAUCAGAAUGUAGACCUGAGGGCAGUACGGCCAAUGUGGCAGGCAGUGUUGAAGAGGAAGGGUUGGAUCAGCCUCGGCGGCGUAUGUUUGCCAUCGACUGUGAAAUGUGCAAGACGGCUGAGGAGUAUGCUCUAACCAGUAUUUCCGUGGUGGAUGAGAACCUGACGUGUAUCUACCAGACACUAGUCAAGCCCUAUGCCCCUAUCAUUGACUAUGUCACAGAGUUCAGUGGUAUAACUGAGGAGAUGUUGAGUGACGUGACUACUCGCUUGGAGGAUGUACAGCAGAAGCUAGCAGAGAUCAUACCUCACGAUGCUAUUCUUGUCGGUCAUUCUCUGGAGAACGAUCUCACUGCUCUCAAGAUGACUCAUCGUCACAUUAUCGACACCUCAGUCCUCUUCGCUCAGGGUGGCUGCAAACAGAAGCUAAAGAAGUUAGCCAGAAUUAUACUUGGUCUCACCAUCCAGGAGGAUGAGGGUGGGCAUGACCCAACAGAAGACGCUGUUGCCACAAUGCGCCUAGCACAGUUUUUUCUCAAUGAAGGCCACAAAAACACUAGAUAUCAGCCAGGAGUAAGCAUGUUUGCUCUUGCCGAUGUGUCCAAGAAAACAGGCGCUGUUGUUGAUCUACCCAUGGCUUGUGCUAAGGAGUGCCGUGGUGAAGCAAAGGGCUACAGUGUACUUGAGGAUAAGGAGGGCGCGAUAAAGGCUGUCAAAGCGUUGUCGUCAACGGACUUUCUAUGGCUUCGCUUGAGCAACCUUCAGAGAGUCAUUUCCGGACGUCCUCCGUUGGACUGGGACACUGUAACGGAGAUCGAUGAGCUAAUGACUGCAGUGAAGUCAUUGGAUGACAACCUCUACGCAAUCUACUCAGCUCUGCCCCAGCAUUCACUGCUGAUGGUCUUGUUCGAUCACGGUGACAUUCGCGAAUUGGGCAUGCAUAAGCAAGCUCACCCCGGCGACCUGGCUGGCUAUGAAGCCAAGGUGAAGCGCUGUCGUACUAGCAUGUUCUUUGCCUGCCUGAAGGAAGGUGCUGCUGAUGACGAUGAUGAAGAAGAGACUGACGAAUACACCACUGGUAGCGCCACUUCAGCAACACGAUCUUCAGUGUCGGAACGCCCAGCGUCCGUCACAUCUGAUGGGGAUAAGGAGCGCAAGCACUCUAGUUAGAACUACACACACCCCUCAGCAGCAGCACCGCCAUGACAGGUAUACUCAGUGACUAGUCGCAAGACCUGCUAUGCAUGAACCACCACCGGCCAUGACACUGACUGCGGCACGACGGCAGUGGAUUAUCAAGAAGAUUCCUCCAAAGGCUUGUUGUUGUUUUUGCUGUUGUGUGCAUGUAUAUCUCUUGACAUGUGGUGUAGAGGUCUAUCACCACACAAUGAAUGGUGCUGCUGCUGCUGCUGCUCUCAGUACAUUCUGUAAAUAGUUGUAAUCCAGUAAGUAAUCCAUGCCACCGCCGCCACCACUGCCGCCGUCCUUCCUGCUAGUUUCUUUUUCCUCUCUGCAGCCGUUCCUUGCUCUCUGCAGGGUUGCCAAUGCAUUGUACCAUACUAUGCGUUUGGAUUUGUUUUCAUUGCCGCCGCCUGACUGCAUUUUGUUUUUACAGACCUUUCUUGGUUUCCUCCGGACAGAUUGUUGUUGUGUUGUUGUUGUCAGUGUCGCCAUUGUCAACAUUCGUUGUCGUCAUUUGUUGUCGUCAUCGUUGUUGCUGGUGGUGUUGCUACAACAGUCGCCACUGGUAUCACACCAUGCCCACUACUACUGCUCUCCGGGUCCACGAGUAGUUGUUUAUAAAAUCUUUUUGUAAAUUUGAUCCUUGUAAUGUCGUUUAAAAUAGUUUGUACAUUUUUUGAAUACAGAUGAUAAUUAUGUGGCCGCUGUACAAACUA